AUGUCGGAAAACUACAACGUCGUACUCAUCGGAGCCGGCGAGAUCAACUUUGGCUCGCCCGAGGGUCCGUGGAACCACUCCGCGCGAAUUGAGCAGAUCUUCCAAGAUGGGCCUGUCACGCUGCGCUUCGUCGCUCUAGUGGAUCCGAACGUCGCGCGAGCAACCGAAAGAGUCGAGGCGAAGCGUUGUAGCAGCGAUAGCAACGUCAGCUCGGCAUGGCAAUCGACAAAGGUCUACCCUAGCAUCGAUGCCGCUGCCGAAGAGCACCACGGUGUCGACCUGGUGGUGCUUGGGUGUCCACCGCAUUUUAGAGGCACCUUGCAGCCAGGCAAGCGAGCCGACAUCGAGAUGCUCGAAUGCUUCCCAACGGCGAAGGCAUACCUGGUGGAGAAGCCUGUUGCUGCCAUCAAUCCUUUCACCACCACGGACUGCGACGAGGUGGCCGCCAAGUAUGCAGCGGCUGGUGGAAUCAGCAGCGUCGGAUACAUGCUGCGAUACAACAAGGCCAUCCUCAAGAUCCGCAAGAUCCUCAAAGACAACAGUCUCACGCCGACGUGCAUCAAUGCGAGAUACUUCAUGGCGUACAAGUAUGCCCACAAGCUCGACUGGUGGAACACGUCAAAGUCGUGCGGACCGGUGGUGGAGCAAGCGACGCACUUCAUCGACUUGAUCCGUUUCUUGGCGGGCGAAGAGAACGAUGCAUUGCUCGACACGGUCAACGCCACUACAGUCGCACACUCAGAGACUGUAGGAUCGCUGUCCAAGCUGGGAUUCGACGAGUCGACCAUUCCUGCUGGAGAGCGGGUACCGCGAGUCACGAGUGCCUUUUGGAAGCAUCAGAAGGGCACCAUCGGCUCGUUGACCCACGGCAUCACUUUGCAUGAUGGCUCAUACGAUACCGAGAUCGAAGUUCUUGCAGACGGUUGGAUCCUUCGGGUGCGAAACGCCUAUGAUGCAAUCACGACACUGGCCAUCCGGAGCCCCGGUCAAGCUGAGGAGCAGAUCAUCAAGCUCGCAGACGACCCUUUCCUCACCGAGUUCCAAUGCCUGGUGCGAUCCAGUCUGCAAGGCAACGAAAAGGUGAUCAAGGCGGAAGGCGUUCCAAGUCAGCCACUCAGCUCGUUUGCCGAUGCGCUCAAGACGUACAAGCUUUCGUGGAAGAUCCGGCUCGCUGCGGAGGCGAACGCUGCUCAGUCGAAAUGA